CGUCGUCGUAUCGUCGUAUCGUCGUGUAGCUGUCGCGUUCGCGUUCAUCGACAUCGCGGCGUUGUAACGUCGCGGCAAUUUACUUUAUUUUCUUUCCCCCCUUUUUUUUUACGUCCUACAAUUUCUCGUGAGAGACUACGUGUAUCUCUCUCUCUCUCUCUUUCUCCUUCUCUCUCUCUUUCUUUCUUAUUCUAUCUCUUUCUCUCUUUCUCUUGCUUGCGCGCGCGCGCGCGUGCACUCGUCUCGUCGGCCGGCACACAUUGUACGUUUUUCAUUCCCUCUCUCUAUCUCUCUCGCUCUCUUUACGGACUGUGGAAGCAAGCAGACAAGGAUAGAAGGAUAUAGCGAGAAAGACGGAGACGCAUAUACAGCUGGAUUUUAACGUCUGCCAAGAGGAAUCAGGCUUACUCGGAAUACUCUGCACAUCUCGGCAACGAUGUCGUCGUAUCGUUCUUCCUACUCUUCUUCCCCUUUCGCUCUUUGGAAUUUCUCGGAUCGUUGACGGUGGGCGAGCAAUAGAACGCCGAUAGACUCCGCGAUACGCGAGGAAGAGUGAAUCCAAGAGAAAAGAGCCCCAUUGAUGUUAAACCGCGAUACUUGUGCGUGCCGGUGGAAUUCAAGUCGCUGUCUCGUCUCGUUUUUCCCAUCCAUCCGGUUGUCCGGUAGCCGUACCUAUCGUUACCACCCAUAGGUUAUAGCCAGCGAGAACGUUGAAAAGGACGGUGGAAUUCCUGGAAGGAAUGAAAGGACGAGAAGGUUGGAUUUCGAAGAAACGCGCGUAGGACGGAGGAAGAAGUCCGAAGAAAAAGAAAAAGAAGAGGAGGGUUACCUCGGUCCCGAUGCAGCUGAUGCAAUUUGCUUUUAUUUUCGGCUAAAAUCCAACGAAAUCGAGGUCUUUGUUUGGGAAGAAGAGAAAGAGAAAGCGAGAUCCACUGUUCGCCGUCUCUCUUCUCUCAGCCAGCUCGCCAGCUGUCAAACUUUUCUCAAAUUGACCGAUGGCGUUGUCCAUACAAUGCCGGCGAGGAUGGUACGGUGUAGCAGUAUGGUAUGAUACAAGCGAGCCUGAAGAUUCUCCCCUAAAAAUGAAGAAGCCUCAUAUCCUGACGUACCUGCUCCUCCUGCCUCUAGUGCUGGGAUUUAACUUGCAAGAGGACGACCUGGUCUUUGAUGACAUCGGUGAGGAAAGCAGCAGUACACCAUCGAUCGAGAGACAUAUCAUCGAUCGUAGUAGAACCGUGGGACACGAUCGAAGAUUGGUGAAAGAUACAAAGAGACAUCAUCGAGUCGAGAGAUUAUGGGAUAUACCGGAUGUCAUCGUUCCAGUGGGUCAUGUUUUCAAGUUAAGGAUCACGAGACAAGCUUUCGGUGGCAGCGUGGAUCGUUACGAGAUACACGAGGCAAAUGGACAAAACCUGUCCCGUUGGUUGUACUGGGACGAUGCUGCUUCGACUCUUCUUGGUGUCCCAUCGAAGAAGGAUGUUGGUAAUCAUCAUUUAAUCGUCAAGGCUAUUGGAAAACACGGUGACAACGCCAAAGAUGCUUUCUUCGUGCAUGUAGUUCCGGAGAAACGAGAGGAAGUCAAGCAUAAAGACGGCAAGAGUCACUGUAAAGAAGGAGAAGACCAGACGCUGUUAACGAUUUUUCUGGAUGUCAAAUUCGAGAAUCUCACACCGUCCGUUAAAGUAAAUGCGAUCGAGAAUCUCGCUGGAUUUUUGGGACUCCACACCAGCGCAUUCUCUAUGCACCCGCAAAGUGGAAAGGAAAACUCGAAUCCUGAUUCUCUAGUUAUUUUUACCGGGCCUGGGAAUGUUAAAUACCGCACCGAAAGACAUCUAACGACUAUCCAAUGGCAGGUUGGCUGCGACGGUCACUUAUGGAGGCAUCAGACGGAUUUAGUCAAGCAGCUGCGAGAUCAGGCGAAAGAUGGGACACUAGCGGAGGUUCUUCAACUUCCUGUACUAUUAUGGCGUGUAAAGACUGACUCGACCUCUCUAUCUAGAAACCGUAGAGAAGUUGGAUCUGGUGAUUUCGAUGCCGACGAAUACGAGGGUUACGAUUACGACGACGAUGAAUAUGGCGAGGACGAAGACGGUGGCGACGAUAACGAAGCGAUCACGGAACCACCGUUGCAACCAUCUUACGUGCCCAACGUCAACUCGAGAGGAAACACCGAAUGGUUGGAACAUCCACAUAGACAUCAUCAUGGAGAAGAAACAUUAGAUUUGGGCCAGAACGAAGAGGUUGACGAACGAGAAAUCGUUCCAUCUACAAAUCCACGUACUGCUGAAUCAAACGCUGCCAACGCUUCGUUCAGUGGUCUAUUGACCACAACAACCACCCAAUUUACACCGUCAUCAUCAACUACAACCACUACAACCAUGCCAACUACGACAACUUCAACCACAACGACUCAAGCUACGACAAUGCCCACGAGUACUACUACUCCUACUACUACUACUACUACUACUACUACUACUACUACUACUCCUACUACUACUACUACUACUACUACUACUACUAGUACUACUACUACUACAAGUAGCAUGACUACGACAAGCACAAUAGCAGAUACAACAGCAGCUACCACUUCGACCACCGUUGUUCCGUCAACAGAAUCUACCAAGGUGGAUAUCGUGGAAGACAGCGAAGAUAAUACUCAACGCGUGGACAUGGAAUCUGUUACUCUGUUACCCACAAUUUCUCCCGAAAUCACUACCACUCUACCAUCGAUUACUACGCUUCAAUUUAGCACAACAGCUGCUUCGACCAGCGCUACUGGAAAAGCAGAAACAGAAGCUACCACUGUUUUUGCUAACGUUACGUUCGAAGAGGCAACAUAUGGAACGACGGUACCUGCAACGCGUCAACCUACAAUGACCCCAAUUGCGUCAUCUACUACUGUUGGCACUACAAGUGCCCACACAACUAUUCCGCCCACACAAGCUGCUACGGUAUCUACAUCUAACACGACAUCGGAGGUACAUACGACACGGACGACCACGAGUACGUCUACCGUUGGCGUUACUACUAGUACUACUACCGCUAGUACUACCACGGCUCAGCCGACUACGACCGUUACGAUUCCACCGUCGCAGGCUACGACGGAAAAUAUUGAACUUCCGGUUAGCAAUUUGCCACCCAAAAAGGAUAGAAGGUUGAAGAAGCUUCGAGUGAUCGCUGGCAAACCGUUAAGUUACGUUAUACCUCCUGACACCUUCAGCGAUCCCGAAGACGGGGAUACGAGAAAUCUAAAAUUAGGUCUGUACUUGCAAGGUGUACCGAUCAAAAGUACUAAUUGGCUUCAAUUCAAUCCCCGUACGCAAGAAGUCUAUGGAUUACCCCUUGAAAAUGAUAUUUCUACUUGGAAUUACGAGUUGGUAGCCACGGACAGUGGUGGAUUAAACGUCUCUGACAUAUUGGAUGUUCACGUUCAACAGCAUAGAUUGAGUCGCAUCGUCAACCAUGAGUUCAGUAUUUAUCUAAAAAUAGAUAAACGUAAUCUUUUCCCAACCGACGUUGAUUGGGAAUUACAGGUUAUUGGAAGUUUGGCCGAAUUAUACGGUGAUGCGGAUCCAUAUUAUAUUACGGUACGAGCUAUCGACAUCGAUCACGAUCAAGCUAUCUUUACUUGGAUGAACGAUACCUUCCCUCGUAGUAGCGAAUGUCCCAAGGAUCAUAUAAAUGAACUAUUACGCAUUUUGAUCGAUAAGGACGGUGAUCCUAGUCCUUUAUUGAGAGCAGCUUUGGCACCUGAAUUAAGGGUGAAGCGUGUCGUUUUCCAAGGAAUCGGACAAUGCGAGGAUAUGAAUCAAUCGGGAAUACCUAAAGUUCAUACCGAAGAACCCAAAGUAAAUUUCCCUCCUGUUCCAAGAAAUCAAGUGGAUCACGUAAAUGCCACUGUUGGAGAGUUGCUCGUAUUCAAAGUUCCAGAGGACACCUUCUUUGAUUCAGAGGAUGGAUCCUCUCGCAACAUGAAAAUGUCUCUUUUGACGAUUGAACGUACUCCUAUCCCGCCCCAUGAAUGGUUACAGUUUGAUAAUAAAAAUCAAGAAUUUUAUGGCGUGCCUUUGCAAAAUGACGUAGGUCGAAAAGAAUAUCAAUUGGUCGUGACGGAUAGAGAAGGCGCAAGUGCUACGGACGGUUUAGUAGUCGUUGUACAUCCGGCCCCGCCUAUGACGCAUACGGUUGAAUUUUCGAUGACUUUGGAUAUACCGUACGAAUCGUUCGCACAUUCAGCCAUGCAAAAACGCAAUUUUGUUGAAAAAUUGCGUGACUUGUACCACGAUCGUGACACGAGCGCUAUUUCUUUACACAGCAUUUCGAACGGUAGUACUGUCAUCACGUGGCAUAACAAAACAUUACCAACGGCUUAUUGUGCUCACAAAGAAGUAAAUAGAUUACGAGCGGUACUGGUUAAGAGUGACAACGAUAGACGAUCGGUCACCGACGAGGUUUUAGACGUGAUGGGUCUGAAGUUCCCAGUGAAACAAAUCACAGUAAUCCCAAUGGGAAUAUGUCGCGGUGAAUUGACGGGCGUUCCUCCAGAUAGUCACGUACCACCCAUCGACGAUUCCACCUCGAUCGGAGCGUUUCACGAUGAUUAUCUAAUAACGUUCGUUCUGCCAGCUAUUAUAAUAGCAGCCAUGCUCAUUUUCGCCGGCGUCAUCGCCUGCGUACUCUACAAACGUAGACGCAGCGGGAAAAUGAGCGUUAGCGAGCAGGACGACGAGCGACAGAGUUUUCGUAGCAAGGGAAUACCCGUGAUAUUUCAAGACGAGCUCGAUGAGAAACCAGAUCCAGGCAAUAAGUCGCCGGUUAUCCUGAAGGAAGAGAAACCACCGCUUCCACCUCCUGAAUAUCAAAAGAGCGAGGACGGCGCGGACGUGCCAAUGUUACCGAAAGAAAAUUCCGAGGAACCUUACCAGCCGCCGCCGCCGUUUGCGACGAAUCGUGAUACAAAUCGGCAAAAUCGUCCAAAGCCCACGCCGACGUACAGAAAACCGCCCCCAUACGUGCCUCCCUAACAAAAUGCAGUGCACUCGCCUACGCGCAAAUAUAUGCUAGCUAUGCUCGGAGAUGCAUCACCGAUACACGUGCAAAAGCAAAAGGAUUCUUACAAGAAAUCUCAGUUCGGCGGGAACGUUGAAAAUUACGGGGCUCUAAACGUUUACAGCGAUCACUGAACUUUUAGUUUUCUUGCACGGAGUAUCACAUAACGAACCGAAAGAUUUCUUUGCGAGAAGUCUGUAAUUGCACGUUUUUACUUAUUACGUUUAUACAACGGACAAAUAUGGAUUGUUACUAAGAAAAUAAGUUGGCCGUACGUUUGCGGGAAUGUUAAGAGAAAAACCUCUCAUAACUUUUUAUUAACACAUUUCGUUUCAUUGAUUCUUUUAUUGUAUUUCAUUUAUCGAUAACUAUUUUUUAAGGAGUAUGGAAUACAAAUCACGCGUUGCCUUUCGUAACGAAUUCAAACUGUAGAGAAGGAUUCUUAUUGCUCCGAUUGAACGAGUAAAUUUAGUUUAGAUCAUUGUAGAACCAACAACGGUGAUAGGAUCUAUGACAAGGUAUUCUAUUUGAAAUAAUGCUCUGGACAGUCAACGACUUUCGUGUUUCAGUAAUCAGUGCCAUUUUUUAAGCAAUAAGCGUGCGAAUGCAUCACGUAUUUACGCGUGUUGGUUCUACGACCUAUCGAUACCUUGAGAAUUAAGCUUCUUCAAGAAGUAUCAAGAACUUGAACGAAACUCUUUUAAUCGUACAUACAACGUAUAACACUGCCAAAAAAGUACUGUAACGACGUACAACCACCGGUGAUUCAGGGGCGUCAGUUUAUUAAUUGACCGACAAAUUUUUCUUACAUCUCGAACGUUGAAUUUCGUUUGGAUUAUUUACUGUGCGACUUGAACAAAUUAUUGCAAACCUACACUGCGAGUAAGACGGAAGACUACUUAACAUUUAUAUCUUUAAGAUGAAAUCAAACUGGCGCUUAUCGCGGGAUCAUCAUCGUUUUCAUAAGUAAUUGUCUCCCAUAAAGAGAAACCGACAACUUCUUGACGCGGGAUUUUUAAAUAUUGGUUCGUGCAAUGCCAUUGCAAAGUGACAGCAAAAUGCUUCCAUUGGCACCGUAGGCCAUGCAGACUAAAGAAAGAAAUGAUGAUAAUAUAUACGAUACAUAUACAUAUAUAUAUAUAUAUACAUAUAAAAAUAUAAAUAUGUAUAUUAUACCUAUUUGCUGUUCGAUAGACAUCAGUCUGUGGGGUAUUUAGAGCGAUGAUAUUUAAAUACUGCCAGACAAGCGUCAUAGCAUUUACGUUCUUCUUUAUGUGUAAAAUUGCAAUUACGCAUCGCGGUCCUACUUUUUCUUCUUUUCACGCACAACUCGUGGCAACGACGUUUUGCACGUACAAAUCGUACGAUCGUCGCCGGACGCAAGAUUAACUUUGUCCUUUGAUUUCGCCAAAUUCUAUUAUAAUUACUUUGAUAAGGGAUUUAGAUCAACGUUAAUGACCACGUUUAACCUUGAUCCAAAUACCAACACAUUCGUACACAAAUAAUAAUAAACCUAUUUAAUUUAGAUUUUUACAUAGUUACCAAGCCAAAAAUAAUUAAUAUUUAACAAAUGGGAAUGAGAUUAAAAUAGUUGACACACACACACAAAAAAAAAAGGAAAAAGAACAAGAAAAACAAAAAAUGAAAAACAAAAAAAGAGAAGAAAAGAGAAAAAACGAGACGAAAUCACAAUCGUAACGGAACGUGUUCGGCACGACUUGCGCAAGGACACGUUCGUUUUAUAAUCAUUUUUGUAAUUUUUUAGCGUGUCGCUAAACGCCAACGCUAAUAAUUUGCGUGUUCCUGCUAUGAGAAAAGGAGUGCGGGGACACGAUACACGGGUAAAAUGUCUAACACAUACAGCCGUUUCUUCGAUACCUCGAUACUUUUUCCUGAUAUUUUUGAAAAGGAAAUGUAAGAAACGAUUAAAAAAAAAAAAAAAAAAAAAAAAAAGAAAAAAAGAAAAAAGAAAAAAAGAAAGAAAGAAAGAAAAGUAUCGGUGCAACCUCAAGUUUGGAGGCUUCGUUUUUUAUUCGUCCAAGUUACUGUCGGCGGACGAUCGACGAAACCGCAAAUUUGAGGUGAAACUCCUAUGAAAAUCGUGUGAAUGGUUAUAACAAUUGUAUGUAACAUAGCAGACGGAUGUUUCGUAUGCAAGCUAAAAAUUACUUUAAUAUAUAUUAUCUAUUAAUUCGCGUCUCUGUAAACUCUUUUUGAGAGUUUAUUGUCUAUAACAUGAUGAUUGAAUCCUUCUCAUUGUCUCUUGUUUAUCGCAGAUAAACUUUUCCAAAAGCGUAGUCACAGGGGCAUGCAUUAGUUCGGUAAAAAAUCGUAAGUAGCAUGUU